CUUUCACAACUGAACAAAACAUGGCGUCGCCGGUUGAUCGUCUGACGUCGAACAUGUCUAUACUUUGAUGGUUCUUUAUUCCCCUUAUGAUGCGGUUAAUAACGUUUGAUGCUUGUAACACACUAUUUCGUGUUCGAGGAUCACCAGGAGAAGUGUACAGUAACGUGGCCUCUCGGUUUGGGGUCACAGUACAGGAUACAGCUCUGAACGAAUCCUUCACGCAUUCUUUCCGACAAUUUUACAAAACAGAGCCAAACUUCGGUGCAAAAACUGAAAAGACUGCAGAAAAAUGGUGGUCUAGAGUGGUCAAACAAACCUUUCGAUCCGCUGGAUUCAACGAUGAAAAGAUUCUCGCCGGAAUUUCCUCGACAUUGUACCGAGAAUUCUCCACUGCUUCACUCUGGGAGGUUUAUCCCGAAACAUUCGAUGUUUUGGAACAUCUUAAGAAUAGAAACUAUCGUCUUGCCGUCAUUUCAAACUUUGACGAACGCCUCGAUGUCAUACUAGAGAAACUUGACUUGAAAAAUUACUUUGAUUUCAUCGCUUGUUCGUUUGAUGUUGGAAUAUGCAAGCCAUCCCCCGGUAUAUUUGAGUUAGUACUGUCUCACUUUGGUGUAAAGCCCGAAGAAACUCUUCAUGUGGGCGACAAUGUCCAACUUGAUUACAAACCAGCCGUAAAGUUGGGGUUGAAAUCUUUAAUUGUUGACCGCCUUUGCAGGGAUUUUAGUGAAGAUCACGUUGAUCCCAAGCAUGUAAUAAGAGAUCUCAUCCCACUACUAGAACUUUGAAAAACGUUGUGGUCAUAGUCAUUCUUCUGCCUUCAGUUUCAUCCAUUUCUCCAUGUCUAAUCACAUUUCUGUUCAUGUUCGUAGACAAGUUCAGCAAUAAUGUUAUAGCUGUCAACACAGCAAUGAUAUUAUUCUACACUGUACAUUAACAAACUUUUCCUCUCUGGAAACUGUUUAAGACUAUAAUAAUUUGUUUAUAUCUUUUACAUGUGCGUGGAAUCCAUAAACACAUAAACCGGGUACAUUUACAAACUUUCAAGGACUGUUGUUGAUAUUUACAGUAUGUGAGUCCCAAGCUAACAGAUCAAGACAGAAACUAUUAUUUGGUUCGGGGGCACCCAACGAGAAUAUAGUUCAAAACCACUUAAACAUAGCAUUCUUAAACGUAUUUUAGUAUUUAAACGGCAGAUAUAGGCAUAAUUUUAACCCCUAAAAAAUUUUCAUCUGUUCGGAUUUCCUAGCUGUAAGUCUAGUGAAAACUUACUUUUUCGAAAAUUUCAGCCAGAAAAAAGGCUUCCGAAAAUUCUAGGUGACCUUUUAAGGUUAAAAAUCUGUUAAAAAUGGGCAAUUAUACCAUUUAUAAGCUGUUCGAAAAUCCUAGGAGAGGCAGGCAACAAGAAAUUUAAGACAAAUGUUCCGAAAAUUCUAGAUCUCAAAUUGUCUUCCGAAGAGAUAUUUUUGGAAAAUUGAUGUUGGGUGCCCCUGUUUGGUUCCAAGCCUCUAGCUAGCAUUCACCAACAGGAUCAUUAACUGGGACGACCAGAACUAAACCUGUGCAGGAGCCUGAACAGUAAAAAAAUUGUAAAUUGUUCUCCCAU